CCCCGGGCCCCGCCGCUGUCCGGGAUGCGGGGCUGGACCCCCGGGACCGGCAUCGCUGUGUGGGGACACCGUGCCGUGCGCCGCCGCCGGGGCCCACUCAUCACCGGCCAGUCAUGGGGUGUUGACUCUGCGCAUUCCUCACCAGCCGAGCCCGCCGCUCGUAACGCGGGGCUGACGCUGCUGUCGCACUCUGGGGCCGCUCUGCUGGGCUCCAGCUGCUGAUAAAUUCGGGGACUUUGAGGAGGUGGAAGAGGUGACCCUGGGUGACCGGCACCGCUUGGGAACGGAGGUGUGGAUUAUUGCCGGUCCUGACUUGAGGAUAAAAGCGUCAAGGUCUGCCCAGGUCUCAGCUCUCCGCAGUCAGCUCCAGGAUUCACCCUGAGCGCACCAGCACCAUGGCAUCAGCAUGGUCCUGCUGGGUCCUCCUGCUACUCCUGCCUGCCCUGACCCACGCUGGGGGACCAGGUCCUGUCCUCGUGAACCGCCCCUUUGUCACCAUCUGGAACAUCCCCACCCAGCGCUGUGCUGAGAAGUACAAUGUCACCCUCAACCUGGAGGUCUUUGAUGUGCUGGCCAAUGACCAGCAGUCCUUCACUGGGCAGGACAUCACCCUCUUCUACAGCGACAAGUUGGGUCUUUUACCCUACUACACACCUGGGGGGGUGCCAGUGAAUGGGGGUCUCCCCCAAAAUGCCAGCCUGGAGACUCACAUCCGCCAGGCCACCCAGGACAUCAAGGUGACCCUGCCCAGCCCUGACUGUGGUGCGCUGGCUGUCAUCGACUGGGAGAAGUGGCGCCCACUGUGGAUCCGCAACUGGGACUCCAUGGAGAUCUACCAGCAGAAGUCAGAGGAGCUGGUGCAGCAGCAGCACCCACAGUGGCCUCCCAAGGAAGUGGAGGAGAUGGCCAAGCAGCAGUUUGAGAAGACUGCCUGCGAUUUCAUGAACAAGACCCUGUGGCUGGGCAGGAGCCUCCGUCCCAGUGCCUACUGGGGCUUCUAUGGUUUCCCUGACUGCUACAACAAUCACUUUGAUAGCCUGCCCUACAAUGGGACGUGCCCAGAUGUGGAGCAGCAGAGGAACAGGAAUCUGUCCUGGCUCUGGAGGAGCAGCCGGGCACUCUACCCCAGCAUCUACCUGCCCUUCUCCCUCAAUGGCACCAACAAGGUGCUCACCUACGUGCGGCACCGCGUGGCCGAGGCUUUCGCUGUCCAGCGUGGAAUCCUUGACAGUGGCAUCCCCGUCCUGCCCUACUCCCAGAUCGCCUUCGAGUAUACUCUGGACUUCCUUUCCCAGGAGGACCUGAUGAACACCAUCGGGGAGAGUGCAGCUCAGGGUGCUGCUGGCAUCAUCCUCUGGGGCAGCCUGGACUACAGCACCUCCAAGGAGGUGUGCCAGAGGCUGAAGGAGUACGUGGAGGGGCCCCUGGGUCACUACAUCGUCAAUGUGACGGCCAGUGCUGAUCUGUGCAGCCAGACCCUGUGCUCCGGCCAUGGCCGCUGCGUGCGCCAGGACAACCAGCAGGGCUGGCUCCACCUCGACCCCUCCCGCUUCACCAUCGACCUGCGUGCUGGCAAGCCCUGGCUGCUGGCUCAGAGCCUGGAGCCUGGGGAGGAUAUUUCCAAACUGGCCAGGGAGUUCAGCUGCCAGUGCUAUGACAAGUGGCAGGGACCCCGCUGUGACACCCAGGGUUUUGCCAAGUGAGCCCCCAUGCAGUCCUCCCACUCUGGGGACACACUGGGCAGACAGGGUGACACUGUCUCAGCACCCGUGCCAUGGGACUGAGAACCUGAUUGUGAGGCUCUUAAUAAAACCAGAAAGCACCAGCGUC